UCAAUGAUAAACUCAGCGAACUGUGGCGUGAAGCAGGGAACAUAUUACUCAGUUCUGCUGUAUGGGUCUGUCAUUUUGGGAUCAGGGAUGUCCAUUGCAAUCGUUACAGCAUGCACCGCCGUCAUCAUCUACGAAAUCAAGCUUCAGCAACGCAGAUACACCCAGCGACUGAAUCAAAUACAGAGCAUUGCUAUUCCGGAAACAAGUGACCAGAAUAACACUUCAGUCCGAUCAACCAACGGCAACACACUAGAAGCUGUUCACACAAGACAGAGAGUUGACACACCGACUGCGACUGCCAACGGAAGACGAACUAUGUCGGUGAAGGGAUCUAUGAGUCAUCAGAAUGAGCAGCUGACUGAACUUCGGAACUUGUCUGCGAGUAUAUCAGUCAUCUUUGUGGUUCUCUGCGGAACUUCCCAGGCACUCUCGAUCUAUAGCCACA